UGAUGAGACAGAGCGGACCCACUGCGCUACUUUCUUUAUUCUACCUUAAGGGCAGGAUGGCGAAAGUCUACAUUCGCUGAGGAAGUGGCGUAAAUUGAAAGGUCUUCACAGAUAAGACCGGAGAAAGGCAGGAAUUUUACUGCAGCUCCCAAACACUACGGGAAAGCGCGGGAAUAUAUUAUUGGAUUAUUUAUACGGAUCGAAACGCAUCAAAAUCCACGUUUUUAAUGAAGAUUUGAGGACCCAGCGCCUUAUCCGACUUCAGAGACGAAAUUUGAAUCUAAAUAACUUAUUGUGAUAAGGAAAGAGUUGAACGAAUAUGAUAUGAUCCAUCCGAGUUCGUUCGAGAAGGAAUUUAGAUUGCACUUUAAACAUUAUUAACUCUCUAUUUGGAGAUAGGCUGUGAGCACAGUCGUUUUGCCCCAAAAAUUUGUAAUAGCUGUUUUGCAUUCAUUUGAAGUGAGUGUAAAAAUGAUGGUUAUCAACGAUUGAAACGAGCUCUACGGUACCUCUCACAAGCCGAACAGUAGGGUGUUUUGCUUUUGAAAUGAUAUUUUCAAUGCAUUUGUUCGCAAUGCGUAACGUUACUCUUGCGUGUUUUCCAAAUCCUGCUUGAAAAGGUCUGUCCCAUAGACUAGCCUACUCAACGGGAUGAGAGGAGACUAACGUUCGUUGACUAUUUUAUACAUCACAACUGAAUGUGUUGGCUGAACGGCAACCGCGACAAGAGGAGCUACAGACGCAUCAUAAAACAAAGAAACAUUUAAAACUUUUAUUUUGAUAACUUCGAAAAUAGAGAGCGCACGUUUAGUCUGGAAUACAAGAAUAGAUGAUUCUCAAAAGACAGAGGACGACAUAAAUCUUCCACCAUGUUCAAAGGUGGCUGCAGGCUAGAGUUCCUGCUGGUUCUCUGUGGUUUGGAGCUUUCCUGGUCCUGCCCACACCACUGUAUCUGCUACACUGCACCCAGUACUGUCAGCUGCCAGGCACACAACUUCCUGUCCGUUCCCGAAGGCAUUCCCCCGCACAGCGAGCGCAUCUUCCUGCAGAACAAUAAGAUCCACCGGCUGCUGCAGGGCCACUUCAGUCCCACCACGGUCACACUGUGGAUCUACUCCAACAACAUCACCUACAUCGAGCCCUCCACCUUCCACGGCUUCGCCCAGCUGGAGGAGCUGGACCUGGGGGACAACCGUCACCUGCGUUCCCUGGCUGCAGACACCUUCCAUGGGCUGGGCCGGCUCCAUGCUCUGCACCUGUACCGCUGUGGGCUCAGUGCGCUGCCCAGUAACAUCUUCCUGGGGCUACGCAACCUGCAGUAUCUCUACCUACAGGAUAAUCACCUGGAAUUCCUGCAGGAUGACGUCUUUGUGGACCUCCACAACCUGAGCCACCUGUUCCUGCAUGGGAACCGUCUGUGGUCGCUGCACCAGAACACCUUCCGGGGGCUGGGGGCCCUGGACCGCCUGCUGCUGCACCACAACCAGCUGCAGUGGGUGGACCGCCUGGCCUUCCACGACCUGCGUCGCCUCACCACCCUCUACCUGUUCAACAACUCACUGACCGAGCUGUCUGGAGACUGUCUGGCACUGCUGCCUGCCCUGGAGUACCUGCGCCUCAACGACAACCCCUGGGAGUGUGACUGCAAGGCCAUGUCGCUGUGGGACUGGCUCAAACGCUUCAGAGGUUCUACUUCGUCCGUAGGCUGUCAGGCCCCGGCCGAGCUGGCUGGGAAGGACCUCAAGCAGCUCCGCAAGGAGGACUUCCCCAACUGCUCUGGCUCUGAGUCCCUGCACCAGAGCAAGACCUGGGCCGGGACUGAUAAGGUGUCUCUGAAGAAGGAGCCACACCCGGUGCCACCGCCUCACUCCCACCCCCACAGCCCUCACCACGAGGCGCCAUACUACCCCUCGCCGCCUUCGCCUCUGCCCCAUCCGCCCCCGUCCAUAAGCGGGGAGGCCCCGGGAUCAGAGGGACAGCCUGGGGUGGCGCCCCCUCUGAGGCCAGGCCGCGCUCGGAACUGCACCCGCCAGCGCGUCAGGGGAGGCAAGGGGAAGGGGCAGAACGAGGUGCAUACCUUAAAGGAGAUGGCCGAUAAAGAAUAUUCCUUGCCUGAUUUUGAAGGGGGCAAAUAUGACCACACGUCCCCAGAUGGCACCAUCACGCGGAGGAAGCAUAAGUGCCCUCCCCGGACCACUGUUCGCCCCCCUAGUGGGGUGCAACAAGCCACCAAUAGGGCCAUGUUCUCCCAGCCCUUAGUGCAUCUCAGCACCAUACUGGGAGCUUUGUUGCCCGUGACCAUUGUCCAUAUUCUCCGCUGACCUAGAGG